UGUAGACAUUGAAGGAGUAGCUAUAGUACAUAGUUAGCUAUAGAUCUCUAUUAUAUUUCUACGAUCUCUCACAAUUUUCUUCUAUCUCCAUUUUAGCACUUGAUCGAUCCAAUCAAAGAGACGCUAGCAAUCUUGACAACGAACGACAAAGAAUGAAAUUAGCGACAACCAUUUUAUUAGCAGCUACCGCGGUAUCAGCCUCUAUAAGCGCAUUUGAGGAUAAUUAUCUCGACGUUUUAUCAUUUGAUCAGUCAAUCGUCUAUCUCGGCGACGACGCGACUCAGAAAGACGUACACACGCUAUCAAAGUGGUCCUGGAAUGAUUGUGGCGGCAAUGAUGACGCUCUCAAGCUCACAAAGAUUGACGUCUCCCCGGAUCCCCCUCAAUCUGGUCGUAAUCUCACUAUCGACGCCGCAGGUAUCGUCAAUAGAUAUAUAGCCGAGGGCGCAUACGCCGAUGUAUCAGUUAAACUUGGUUACAUCACCUUAUACCACACGCGUUUUGAUCUUUGUAAAGAGGCACAUGACGCAGAUGCUCAAAUCCAAUGCCCAGUUGAAGCAGGUGAACGUGCGAUUACGCAAAACGUUGAGCUCCCGUCACACAUACCACCAGCCGCAUACACUCUUCAAGUUCGAGCCAAUACCGUAGACGAUACACCACUCGCUUGUCUCAACUUUAGGUUAAGUUUCUUACCAUUCUUAAGUGUAUUUGACUAGGCUCUCUCUUUUAAAACGCUCAUGUUGUACUACAUAUGUAACUAAAGCCGUGAUUAAGAUACGUUUGAAAUUUUUCCCUUUGAAACAUACUUAUCUGUAUUUGGAAGGUUGCUCAUUUUAAUUAACCAUAAUGAAGCAAUUACUUUAUACGCUUUUUACACUCGGGGGUAUAGCUUUGGCACAGAAUAAUAAUGCCAGUUUAACCACCUCUGAACCUGUCGACACC